AUGAAGCUCGUGUCGCGACACAUACCGAAAGAGCUCGAGGACGAGCAAGUCUCGCUGCUGCCAGAGGAUCCAGAGGACAUGUGGCAUGCCUACAACCUCAUCGUCCCCGGCGACCUCGUCCACGCGCACGCCGUCCGCAAAGUCGUCAACAUCAACCCGGGCACCGGCGUCCCGAAUGCCGAGCGAGUCCACACCAACCUCGUCAUCCGCGUCAAGUCCACCUUCUUCGAUCCCGCCGUCGCCUCGCUGCGCAUCUCGGGCGUCGUCGCCGCCGAGAACGAGCACGUCGCCAUGGGCGCCCACCACACGCUCGACAUCGAGGUCAACCGCUCCUUCACCAUCAUCAAGCCCGACGGCUGGGACAGCGUCGCCAAGAACGCGCUGGCCGAGGCCCUGUCGGACGACAAGAACGGCGCCAUGGCCGCCGUGGUGAUGCAGGAGGGCCUCGCCAACAUCUGCCUCAUCACCCAGUUCCGCACCGUCGUCAAGACCCGCGUCGAGAGCGUGGUGCCCAAGAAGCGCGAUACGGCGGCGGACCAGGACGCCGGCAUGCGCAAGUUCUUUGAAAAGACGCUGUCGUCAUUACUCAGAGCGGCCGACUUUUCCGAGUCACGGCCGCUGCUACUGGCGAGCCCCGGAUUCGUUGCGCAGGACUUCAAGGACUACAUUGCAAAGCAGGGCCGCGACAAGUCGGACAAGGUGCUGACGGCGGUCGCCAAGCAGGCAACGGUGGUCCACGCCAACUCGGGGCACGUUCACAGCUUAAACGAAGUGCUCAAGAGCCCCGAGGUGCUGGCCAAGAUGAGGAAUAUGAAGUACGCCAAGGAGGCGCAGUACAUUGACAGCUUCUUUGAGCUGCUCAAGCUCGACGACGGCCGGGCGUGGUACGGCACAAAGGCCGUGGAAAAGGCCGUUGCCGACGGCGCAGUCGGGCCCGGUUCCGGGGUGCUGCUGAUCAAUAACUCUCUGUUCCGGAGCGAGGAUCUGGCGACAAGGAAAAAGUACGUCGCGCUGGUGGACAAGGUGAUGAGGGACGGCGGCGAUGCGCGGAUAUUGAGCAGCGAUCACGAGAGCGGGCAGCGGCUCAAGAUGCUGGGCGACAUUGCGGCCAUUCUGAACUAUCCCAUGCACGACCUGGAUGAGGACGAAGAGGCGGAAGCGGCAGAACAGACACCGCCGAGGCGGGACGAGGACGACCAGGUGGACAUGUUGGAUGACGUGAUUUAG